AACACAAAGUUUACAUGCAUUUGUGUAGUUUUGCUCUUAAGUUAAAGAUGGGAGACGGAAGGGAUAAGCAUUAUAGUGAGAAUAAAGGGAUAUUUUGUCAUCUUCCUGCAUAUGCCGCAGGAGCUAGUCAUCAUCCUCCAACCCAAUGGGGUUACCACAACCCUCCGCCAUCUGGCUAUCCUCCGCCGCCGUGUGGAUACCCACCGGCAGGUUAUCCUCCUCCUGCUUUAUACCCGCCAUCUGCAUGUCCGCCACCAGGUGGAUACCCUCCAAUGGCCGGUUAUCCUGGUCCGUAUCAUUCAGGUCAUGGAAAUCACUUGGGAGGACUGUUGGCAGGAGGUGGGGCAGCUGCUGCCGCAGCUUAUGGAGGUCACCGUUUGGCAUACGGUGGCUACGGCCACCACCAUGGUGGUUAUUAUGGGCAUCACCACGGAAAGUUCAAGCAUGGAAAAUAUGGAAAACAUUGGAAGCAUCAUGGCAUGUAUGGGGGAAAGUUUAAGAAGUUUAAGAAAUGGAAGUGAAAUGAUUGUGCGGCCUAAUUAGUCACUGUUUGGUCAAAAUUUUCACUUUUUGCUUCGUAAGUUUUGGGAACUGUGGACCUAAAAUUACUGGCUUUUUAUUAUUAUUAUUAUUAUUAUUAGAGGAAUGAAAAUCAAACAAGUGCUAAAAAGCCGAAUAAUUCGUACUAGAAUUAUUUAUUCCCUGCAUUUAUAAAUUUGUAGCUCUACACGUGCUUUUUCAUGAUUUCUUUUU